AAAAUUUAUUUCUUUCUCGUUUUUUUUGAGUCAUCGCUACUAUGGGCAGAAGAAAGGUGGAAAUCGCAUACAUAACCAAUAACUCAAAUCGGAGGUUAACAUUCAGAAGAAGAAAAAAUGGUAUAAUGAAGAUGAUCAAGGAAUUGAGCAUCCUUUGUGGUAUAGAGGCUUGUGCAAUCAUUUCUGAUGAAAACCAUCAUGAAGCUGAGGUUUGGCCUUCUCCAACUGAAGUAGUAAAUGUGUUGUCAAGGUUCAAGAAUUUGUCCGAACAUGAACAAGGAAAAAGGAUGCUGGAUUUAGAGAGCUACUUGAAACAAAGAAUUGAGAAAACCCAAGAUCAGUAUCACAAGCUAAAGAUGGAAAACAAGAAGAAAGAAAUGGCUGGAUAUAUAGAGAAAUAUAUGUGUACCAAAGAAUUUAAUUUUGGUGAUGCUCACUUGACCAAUCCUAAUGAUUUUACGGACUUUAUUAACGAGCAAUUGAAGGAAGUCAAGCAAAAGUUAGAUUCAAUGGAUUUCCAAGCUCAAGAGGAUUCAAUUGAUUUUGAUGAUAUUGAUUUCGAUCCAAAUGAAUUUUAUCUAGCUACUCCAUAAUUCUCCAGAAAACUUAGGCUAUGUUUGGUUAUGUUUGUAGGUCAAGUCUUUCAUGAUUUGAGUUGUUUGGUUGUUAAUGUCUUAAUUAUCAAUUAUGCGUGAUUAAGGUAGUCAGUCAGUCCCAAAACCUAUUUGGGUUGGUUUUGUGGUAUUGGCUGGAGACUUGAGAGUGUGGUCAUUUUCGAUGUCUCAGGUUCGAUUCCCUCCAGUGUCAAUUUGGGUA